GAGCCCAUGCAGCCUGAUUAUCACAUGACUCGACGGCGGCGGUAGCCGUGGCAGCAGCCGUGCCGGCUCUGCCGGCUCGCCGGGUAGGCUCAGUUCCGCUCACGCAGGAGUCGAGCGCAGAGGGCGGGGAAGGGACCUGCUGCCGCUGCGGUCGCCCAGCCGCUCCCGGAGCGCGCGGCGUCUCUCCGGGCCCGGCCGGCCCGCUCCAUGCCGCUCCGUUGCGGAAGUGUAGCGGGGGGAGGCGGCGGCGGCGGCGGCGGCACGGAGCGCGGGAGGCCGGGGCCCGGCCCCCUGCAGCACUAGGCUCCGCUAGCCGCGCGGCGCGCCCCAGCGGCCCGGCUGCCCGUGCGCCCGGCGCAGCCUGCAUGCCCCGCGCUGCGCCUCGUCGGGCCCCCGCCGCCGCCUCCUGCUCGCACCGCUGCUGCAGGGCGCCGGAGUAAUAUGCUCACUCGAGUGAAAUCUGCCGUGGCCAAUUUCAUGGGCGGCAUCAUGGCUGGCAGCUCAGGCUCCGAGCACAGCGGCGGCGGCUGUGGAGGCUCGGACCUGCCCCUGCGCUUCCCCUACGGGCGGCCGGAGUUCCUGGGGCUGUCUCAGGACGAGGUGGAGUGCAGCGCCGACCACAUCGCCCGCCCCAUCCUCAUCCUCAAGGAGACCCGGCGGCUGCCCUGGGCCACUGGCUACGCAGAGGUUAUCAAUGCUGGGAAGAGCACACAUAAUGAAGACCAAGCCAGCUGUGAGGUCCUCACUGUGAAGAAGAAAGCAGGGGCCAUUACCUCAACCCCGAACAGGAACUCGGCUAAGAGACGGUCCUCCCUUCCCAAUGGGGAGGGGCUGCAACUGAAGGAGAACUCGGAAUCAGAAGGCGUUUCCUGUCACUACUGGUCGCUGUUUGACGGUCACGCAGGGUCCGGGGCCGCCGUGGUGGCCUCCCGCCUGCUGCAGCACCACGUCACGGAGCAGCUGCGGGACAUCGUGGAGAUUCUCAAGAACUCUGCCGUCCUGCCGCCCACCUGCCUGGGCGAGGAGCCUGAGAACACGCCCGUCAACAGCCGGACUCUGACCCGCGCCGCCUCGCUCCGCGGAGGCGUGGGGGCGCCGGGCUCCCCCGGCACCCCACCCGCGCGCUUCUUCACCGAGAAGAAGAUUGCGCACGAGUGCCUGGUCAUCGGGGCUCUGGAAAGUGCGUUCAAGGCAAUGGACCUACAAAUAGAACGAGAGAGGAGCUCGUAUAAUAUAUCUGGUGGCUGCACGGCGCUCAUUGUGGUUUGCCUUUUGGGGAAGCUGUAUGUGGCAAAUGCUGGGGAUAGCAGGGCCAUAAUCAUCAGAAAUGGAGAAAUCAUCCCCAUGUCUUCAGAAUUUACCCCCGAGACUGAACGCCAGCGACUUCAGUACCUGGCAUUCAUGCAGCCUCACUUGCUGGGAAAUGAGUUCACACAUUUGGAGUUUCCAAGGAGAGUACAGAGAAAGGAACUUGGAAAGAAGAUGCUCUACAGGGACUUUAAUAUGACAGGCUGGGCAUACAAAACCAUUGAGGAUGAUGACUUGAAGUUUCCCCUUAUAUAUGGAGAAGGCAAGAAGGCCCGAGUAAUGGCAACAAUUGGAGUGACCAGGGGACUUGGGGACCAUGACCUGAAGGUGCAUGACUCCAACAUCUACAUAAAACCAUUCCUGUCUUCAGCUCCAGAGGUAAGAGUCUACGAUCUCUCCAAAUAUGAGCAUGGAUCAGAUGAUGUGCUGAUCUUGGCCACUGAUGGACUCUGGGAUGUUUUAUCAAAUGAAGAAGUGGCAGAAGCCAUCACUCAGUUUCUUCCUAACUGUGAUCCAGAUGACCCUCACAGGUACACAUUGGCAGCUCAGGACCUGGUGAUGCGUGCCCGCGGUGUCCUGAAGGACAGAGGAUGGCGGAUAUCUAAUGACCGACUGGGCUCAGGAGACGACAUUUCUGUAUAUGUCAUUCCUUUAAUACAUGGGAACAAACUUUCAUGAAAACAGCCUGGGGCAUCGGGAGGACAGCAGGGGAGAAAGCUGGGAUACCUCUUAGCAGGGCGGGACUGGGACGUGCCCCCGCAGAGUUCCAGGGGAUGCAACCUCUUCCCAGCCCAGGUGGGGAGUUUGCUGCAGAAAGGCCUCUGGCUGUACUUCUGGGGGACCCUUAGAUUUCAGUUUCCUCUUCAGUAACAGGUCUGGAUACUCAACCAGAGCAAAACAUAAAGGCUGCUACUGAGUGUUGUGUUUCUUUUGGUUCCUUUAAUAGGCCUCCUGGGUGGCCAUUGCCUAUUUUGGGCACACACAUAUUUAUUUGGAGUAGCUGGGCAGCCAUUUUCAGGUGUAACUGGCAGAAGACUCUUCGGCCUGUCAAGCUGCCAGCUUCUCUACGGGUUAAAAGUGCUGCAUUGGAAAGUUGGGGAUCAUGCCUCAGAAAGUGUAAGCACCCACCUCCUAGUAAGCCUGAGAUUUAUUUCAGGGAACACCAUCUGUGUGUGUGUGUGUGUGUCUGUCUGUCUCUCUUUUCAUUCUUUCAUGGUUAUGGUGGGGUGAGGCAGGGAUUUUUUCUUUUCGAUAUUCUUUGAAUCGUAAUUGUUUCCCUUUCAUAAAACAGGCCUGGGACUUUCCAUCUCCUUGCUGAGGAAUUUGUGUGUCAAAGUCCAGCCCAGGCCGUCCCCAUAUCCUGUAGCCCACACCACCCAGGCAGCCUUCUGGAGCGGUGCCCUGGCUGACAGAGUACUGUCUUUGUUGUGUAACAGUUUGUUCCUGAGUUGCAUUUUCUCACCAAAUCAGUGUGUUUUCAUGAAAAUAUGGGUGUUUCUUUGGACCAACAGUUCCUCAGUUGUUUUCAAGGGUCCCCCUUUUGUAGCUUGAGAUUUCUCUGAGAACCCAGGUUUUCAUUUCUGGAAUGGUUGGCCCUCCCCACCUGCUGUGCCAUGGGGACAUACGUAAAGCAGUGUUGAAGAGAUCAGAACAGGAAGCUCCAUGUAUCAGUCAGGUCACCAUACCUCAUAUGAAGACCAUUCCUCCAUUUUGGAUCCAGGUUCCAUGGGCUAUGAUUGUCCCCAAGGCCACUCCACAUCAGUACGUAUCCGUGUACUGUCAGGGAGCAGCAGUCCUGCUCUCCCCCUCAUCUUCAGGCAAGGCCCACUCAGAAUAGCCAUCUGAUUAAAGUGAAUUUGAAUUGGGUUGACUGGUCAUUCUCCUGCUGUGCGCCCCAUUCCUUCCCCAGCCACCCAACAGCUGCAACCCCAGUUCCCACUGUAGCUCCACUUCUGAGCGUUCCUCACAAGAGCUGCAGAAGCAGUGGACACCAAAUCUACCUGUUGCUUCUCUAUCAAGAGGAAUCACAAAAUAGGUUUUUAGAAAUCACUUCUAUCUCUUGGGCAGACUAUUGCUCUGCACCGGAGGACCUUGUAGAGCGAUGUCCAAUUACUGAGUCUUCUUCCUGCACACCUCCUGUGGUUUCAUCACCAUCCUGACAGUUUUGUGUAAUUUAAACAUUCUUCCCACCCAGUAAAGAACAAUGUUGGUGAUGUGAUUCCCAAAACUGCUGGAGAGCCAGUUCCAGUUCACGUGUUUGCUGGGUCCCUUCCCCAGAGGAGAGGAGAUGAGAGGAACCUUUCCUCCAGGACAGUUCGUCACCUUCCUGGAGUUGUAGAUAUUCCAGUAGGAAAGGCCUGGAGCCUCUCUACUCAGGAAUGAAUUCAUUCCACGCUGUGGAAAUGAUGCCCUGUCUGGUAGGUAAAGUACUUGGGGAUUUACCCACCAGCUGUUUGCCAAAAUGUUGCCUGGGAAGAAUUGGACUACUACCUUGUCAGGGGUCAUCUUCAUCUGACAGCUUGCCUCCUCCUCCAGGAGAUCUGAGCAACCCCAGAUGGCUCUUUGGGGACCAAUCUGUGGGAAGCCAUUUGCUCCUCUGGCAGAAUAAGAUGCUGUGGGACAAUGUGCAGGCAUCUCCCACAGUGUGGUUUCACCUUCUGUCCCUGCCCUGACUCAAAGUCAGGUACAAGGGAAAACGAGAAAGGUUUUUUUUGAAAGGUUUUAUUUAUUUGACAGGGACAGAGAUAGCGAGAGCAGGAACACAAGCAGCAGGAGUGGGAGAGGGAGACCAGGCUUCCCGCCGAGGAGGGAGCCCGAUAUGGGACUCGAUCCCAGGACCCUGGGAUCAUGACCUGAGCCGAAGGCAGACGCUUAACAACUGAGCCACCCAGGCGCCCAAAAACGAGAAAGUUUUUUGUGGAGGACUCUGAACUGCCUUCUUUGGGAAGCUCUCCUCACAAGCAAUCACCUCUUUCCCGUGUUCCCAUUGCCUUUCAUCUGUUUUCUCUCCUGCGCUUUGAUGUUGGUCCUACCUUGCACUUUUCUACUUUUAUUUGAGCCACCAGAGUCCGACUUUGGGCAUAGAUGUCAUGAUAGUCUUCUACUCUACUCAAGUCACCAAUUCAUAUACUGCCAAGAAAUGUCUCAGGAAAAAUUCUGGAACCCCCUUUUUCAAUUUAUCCUAAAGUCUUGAGCAUUUAGUCCUGCUGGUUUUAGUUAGGAAGGUAUCCAGGAAUUCUUGUCAUAAGCCUUCUUGGUGGAAAGAUCUUAGUUAAAAAGCUCAAGCCCUCUUUCUGUUUGGGGGAUGGGAGGAAAAUUACAAACGAGGUGGAUAAAUCAUAUGUGGAAAAAGUGAUGUGUUAAUGUCCAUAGCAGAUCUUCCCAGCACUGAUAUUGCUCUGUGAAUUGAGCUUACUCUGUUUGGCUUUAUUUUUCACCCAGGCCCCGUCCCAUCUCAUCCCAAGAGCAGCAACUGUGUCUACAUAACAGGGUUGGCCCUUGGAGCAUUCCUGGAGAGGUCAAAAGGCAACAGACUCAAAAUUCUGAAGAACGUAUUUAUAUGUGGUUCUGAAAUCUUGUGUAUCUGACUUAUAGCCAAAUCUGCUUGUCCUAAUAGCCUCAGAGGAAGUCUUGUUUAAUAAAAAGCUUUCGAUUUCCUAGUCAAGUCUUUAUGGUUGUCUUGGGGUAUGUAUGGCCACUUCCUCUAAUGAAAGGCUCUUUCGGUUCUAAAUCUCUUUGUUGGGCUGGACCCUGCUCUUCGGAAUACUUGGGGACGGGUCUUUUCCUUAAAGAGAGCAAACUCAUACUCCAUCCACACCUUGUAGCUUCUUGCCAGGCGACAGCCAAACCUUGUUCUCACGACACCUGCAGUGAGAGCAGCGCCAGCAGUCAGAGAUGGAGGGUAUGUUCUGCGGUGGGUCUGCUUACCUAACUGCCCUUCUUGGGAUGGGAAGGGAGAGGGGAAAAUUGGCUAGGCCAAGUACUCAGCUGUGGACUAGGACAAACUACAAAAAGUGGCAAUUUCAGUUCCUUUCCACAACUUUGGGGAAUUUAGGGUGUUUGAUUUUUUAAUUCCUAGCAGCUUACCUCUAUGGGGUUGUGCGAAGUCAGCUGCGCUCACCUUCUUCUUACUCCUAAGUAUUCACUUCUGUCUCGGGACAACUACAGCUGUAGGCAGGUAUUGGUGGGCAGGGAUGAGAGUCUUGGGACCCAGAUUUGGCCUCAGAUCUUGGCCAUUCGGGCAGGAUUUUUGGUUUACCAAGAGCACUAGCAUGGAAACAUACGGAAAAAGACUCCCACAUCUUUAAAAUUCUGAUUCUCCUCUAGCCUGCACCUCCUUCCUUGUCUGCCAAUCCAUUUGUUUUCAACACGGCCAAGGGCGGUCCGUGGUUUCUUUCCACCACAGUUUGAGGAUCUGACCUUUCCUUAAGUGACCCAGCAGCACCACUGUUCUCAGAGGGAAUAUGUUAAACUUUUAUGAGAUUCUGUCUUCAGUAAAUUACUGCUUCUGGGACACUUGGCGAAAGCAGUGAAGAGUCAUUGUCUAUGCAAAGAACAAUCAGGCUGACCCUAAAAUUUACCAGAUCUCAGAAAACAGGAAAACAGUAUCUGGCCCCAGGACAGAAUCUUACUUUAGAAACUUGGAUUUGUGAGAACUUCACAAUUGCAGAGAAGGCUGAGAGUCUGCACACCAUACACCGCCCACCAUGCAGGGCAGACUCUGGAUGGGCGUGGCUGAUGUGGCAGAUGCGUACACUGGGAUUUUUCAAAGGACACUACGUGAGCAGCCUCCUUGCCUCUCAGGCGAGCACCAUGGCAGCUCUUUGUCAGAUCUGAGUGCCGGUCUGGGCACGACUGCUCUUUCUAACCCAUGAUGUUACGUGUAAAUAGCUUUCAUUUUUCCUCUGCGUCUUAGAUGAAGUCUUGUUCACAUAGCAACCAGGUAGACAGUGACCAAAUAAGGCUGUAAAUGUGCUGUUGUUUUCUACUGUGAUGUACUUGAAGGAGAACCUUGUGCCCCCCCACUUUUCGGACCUUCCAUAGUAUUUUGUGUUUGGGGAGUCCUGAGGUAAUUCUCUUAUUUCUGUUCGCUUCCAUUUUCUCUGUUUCUUCUGGAGACCCAGGGAGGCCCACAGUGGAGAUCAUUUGUAAGGUCUGGGUUUCCAAAAAUGCCAGAUGUACAGGGAAUGACAGGAAUCUGCCUGAAAAUGGUUUCAGAACUAUGUACCUUUAUGCUUUGUGAUUGUGAAACCUUGAAUUUGUAACCCCCCAAAAUGAAAACUGUUUAGUAAAGGGGGUCUAUUUUGUGUGUUUUGAAACUUAGGUGCGAUGUUCCCUGGAAAAAGCUAAAGAAAUGUAUAUGCUCAAUGACAUUUUAAAAUAAAAUAUUAUAUAUAUGUA